GAACCGGAGAAAGUACCUGAUUUAAAGCGCAGGGUUUUCCAUUACUUCUGUAAACUUUUCAAGUUCUUUACAUGAAAAUCCCUCCAAAAAAACCUCAUUUUUUAAAACCUAUUUUGCCAGGUUGUAAGCAACAAAUUACAAUUCCUAUAGGUUUCUUCAAGUAUUUGAAGGGACAAGGGAAUGAAUAUGCAUUGCUAAGACGGGCAAGUAAGAAGUGGUCCGUGAAGGUGAAUGGACGGCGACUGGAAGAUGGUUGGGAAGAGUUUGUAAAGGACCAUGAUUUACAAUUGGGAAAUGUUUUGAUAUUCAGACAUGAAGGAGACAUGGAAUUUGAGGUCGCCGUCUUUGAUUCAAGUUGUUGUGAGAGAGAAUACGAACAAGGAGUUCAUGUUCAUGGAAGAAAAGAAGAAGAAGCCUGUAUUGUUGAAGAGUCUUCCAAGAAAUUGAAAUCCAAAGAAAAACCAAAGCGCAAAAUCAAGAAAUCAGGCAAGGGUUUCUCCAAUGUAAAAGCUGCUUAUAAGGACAAGCAUCUCAGUCGCUCUCAUUUCAUUUGUACAAUUCGACCUUAUUGCCUUUCAAAGUAUUGUCUGUGUAUUCCAAAACAAUUUGCACAAGAAAAUAGACUCCGCAACAGGAAAUGUGAGAUAAUUGUGAGGGAUGAGCAACGAUCAUGGACGUUUGGUGUGCAUACAAAUGGCAAAAACACCUUCAUUGGAAGUGGAUGGCAUGAAUUCAGCCGUACGAAAUGCUUAAAGGAAGGAGAUAUCUUAAUGUUUGAGAUAGUUUCCAAUGGAGAAACACCUAUAUUCAGAUUUCAUGAUUUGAGAGAAAGCCCGUUUCUUCGGGAUGAAGUAAAGAAUAAAGAUUUGGAUGCUGAAAGAAUGUCAGAUGAAGAUGCUAUGCUUGAGACCUCGGACGUGACUACUCCUAAAUCACAAGAAGCUGCUGAUGCCAACCCUCAUUUUAUAUCUACUAUUAAACCUUACACCCUCAGAUUUCCUGUUAUGUAUCUUCCAAUAGCUUUUGCAAAAUCAAAUGGCUUGCUGGAUAAAUGCGAGUUGAUUAUCAUGGAUGAAAAACGGAGAUCAUGGUCAAUGUGCCUUGGGCAAAUCGACAAGUAUCACUUUGGAAUUAAAAAGGGAUGGCGAAAGUUCAUAGAAGCCAACGGUGUUCAAGUUGGAGAUACUUACAAGUUCGAACUCAUCAACAAUGGCACAAUACCUUUAGUUCAUUUCCAUUGUAAAUAUGAUGAUGCUGGUGAUGGGAAAGGAAACUAGGGAUUAAAGCAAGUGGAUAUAAUGUUUUUGGAUCUAUUACAUUUUGCUACAUCUCAACAACAAAAAAAAAACUUUGAUGAUAAGUUGUAUGAUAUGUUCUAUGUUUUACUUUUAUUUUGAUGUGUCCUUUCAUGCAUAA